GGACGGGAUUCUUUUUUAUUUAACAACACAACAAUGGUCCAUCGUAGUCAUCUUUCGUGAGCGCGUGAUUGCCAGUGACAGUAUGAUUUUACGCUAAGAUUUAGAAACGAGUCGAGUUCUUUGGUAUCGCGGGGACACACACAUAUCUGCUAUGUGGAUAUUCAUCGGUAAAAAAGUCGCACGCGUGAGCACGCAAAUCGUCAGACAGGUAUCGAAUUUUGCUGAUGACCUUGGUGAAAGCCUCAUCGAGGCUAAGAAGGGCUUUUUCAACGAUCGGGAUAACAGGAAAAACAUCAAAUCGCUGAAGAUCGCUAUCCUUGGCCUGCCAAACGUCGGCAAGAGCACGCUCAUCAAUCAUCUGAUUGGAAGACCGGUAUGCGCAGUGUCACAAAAGGUUCACACCACUAGGAGCAAGGCUGCUGCGAUAUGCUCCAUAGACGAUACACAGCUGGUGUUUCUAGACACGCCUGGAUUGGUGGGAAAAGGUGACAUAAAGAAAUACAAAUUGGAAGAAAGCUUUACUAGAGACGCUGAAAACUCCAUGAAAGAGGCAGACGUCGUAGGGGUUGUGCAAGAUAUGACUAACAUACGAUCUAGGGAACUUAUUAGUGAAAAGAUUCUAUCUUUGCUCAAAUCGAAAAGAGAUGACACGAAUUCCAUUCUUAUUCUCAACAAGAUAGACACCUUGACUAAUAAGAAAGAUCUUUUGGGAGUUGUUGCAAAAUUAACGAGUAAAGAAAUUUGGCCAAACUUUACUGAUGUUUUCAUGAUUUCCGCUUUAACAGGGGACGGGAUUGAUGAUUUAAGAAAUUAUUUCUUAGAUUCUGCUAAAGAUAAAAACUGGGAGUACAAGAAAGAUACCAUAACAGACCAGCCAGUGAAUGAUAUGAUUCAACGAGUUGUUAGAUCGAAACUCUUGGAUAGCUUAAAUCAAGAAUUACCGUAUAGAGUUAAUGUAGGAGUCGAGCAUUUGGAUUACUAUCCAGACAACACCGUGGAUGUUUUAGUUCGUAUUCAAUGCCCUACAAGUCGAAUUUCAAGACUACUCGUAGGAGUACGUGGGGAACGAAUUAAGAUGCUGGCCAAAAAUGCUGAGCAAGAUUUGUGCAAGAUAUUUCAAACAACUGUGAGAUUAAGACUCGAAGUACCUGGUAAUGAGGUAAAAGAAAAAUUAAGAUUAAAUAAAAGCAAGUAAUAAAUUUAUAUUGUACAGUUUUCUAAAUAAUACAAGUAUCCAAAAGUCGAUAGCGAAUUGAAAAAAGUCCAUACUUUUGUAAAUUAUUUGUAAUUUGAAUAAAAGUAGUUGAUUUUAAA